AUCCACAACGUUCCACAUUCGAUACUCCUUAUUUUAACCCCUAUCUCUUCACGCAUCUGCAGUAAAGUUUCUUUUUUAAUUUAUGAUAUUAUUAGUAGAGGAAGCUUUCCAACAUAUAAUUCCCUUAAUGAAAAACGUAAUUCCACGGGGAACGAAGCUUCCGAAAUGAGUUCCGAACGUGCUUUUAGUUCAAACUGGACUUCACAGUAUAAUAACAAGUUUACAAAGGAGCCUGCAAGAUCCAAUAGUAUGAUAACGAACCGAGAUCUCGCAAGAUCAGCCGAACUGAAACGUUUGUCCAGCAUGUCUGGGAAGAAAGACCUUUCGGAUUUACAAAUUCCCACCAUUACUGAGAAUGCGGAAGAUGUAACUGGUUUGAAAGGCCGCAUCAGACUUCAGAGAACCGGGGAACGUCAAAACUCUCGAAAUUGGGCAGACCAACAGCGGAAAAAUAUCCAGGCUUAUGAAUACUUGUGUCACAUCGGCGAAGCUAAAGAAUGGAUAGAAUCAUGCGUCGGUGAAGAAAUUGAUCCUGUCAUAAUGCUAGAAGAAAGUCUUAGAAAUGGAAUUGCACUGGCAAAGUUGGCUAGAUCUUUUGAACCUUCUGUCGUUAAAAGAAUAUUUGAGUCGCCAAAGUUGCAAUUCCGUCAUUCGGACAAUAUCAAUUACUUUUUUGCUGCAAUAAAAAAAGUCAAAUUACCAAAUAUUUUCUGGUUUGAAUUAACGGAUUUAUAUGAAAAGAAAAAUAUUCCAAAAGUUAUCUAUUGUAUACAUGCUCUAAGUCACUUGUUGUCGAGAAGAGGUCUUACAACCAGGAUCAAAAACCUGGUGGGAAAAUUAGAAUUCACAGAUGAACAACUGCAUAUGACACAAAAGGGAUUAGACGCAUCAGGAGUUACCAUGCCUAGUUUUGCUAAUGUUGGG